CGGACGUAGGCCCCUCAAGCAGCGAAAAGCUGAAUAGAGGGAGGGUCUGAAAUGCUACGGGAAGAUGAGGGAACUCUGUGGAAGACUGGAUGGAGGAAAUGAUUGGCUGGUGGAAGGACCCUUUCCAGAAUGCGCCAUCGUGUGGGCGGGGAAGCAGCUGAAGAGGGAAUCACCCCCGAUUCCAGCCUUUCGGUGGCGGGGCAGGGGGCGGAGCCGAGGGGCGGUCUCGCAGGAGACCAGUUUGGCUGGCGCGGGAGGCCUGCGCGGGCUAAGGGGGCGGGGCUUCUGCUGGAGUGUUCCGGCCCGGCUCCCGCGUGGGGAGCUUGGCUGGGCGCCGGGCUGGCCGGCAGGGGGUAGACCUGCGUAGUGUGGGGCGGCGUCCGGCGUUCUCGCUCCCCGGCUGCGUCAGACUGGUGUCGGGGCCCCCACCCCGAAACUGAAUCGGACAGUCUGGGUGGCGCCUCUGACUGUUUUUAAAAUCUCCUCAGGUGAAGCUGAUGCUCCGCCAUGGUUGAAACCCAACCCGCUGUUUCAGGUUGGUUGAAUCUGAGGAUGCGGAACCCAAAAAUACUGAGGGCCAACUGUAUAAUAACUUUAAAAUGUUAGAGACUUCUGAAUACAUACCGUCACAUUAUGUUAUACCUGGACAACUGAAAUUAAGACGAAAAUUGAAGCAGAUGUUCCUGGAAAAUUACAGAAUUCAAAGAGAUGAGGAGGAACCAGGAAGGAAGACUGAGGAGUCCAGCGUGUUAUGAGAAAAAACUCCGAGAGCAUGCAGCCUUAGAAGACAAGUGAAGAAGAAAGUGUUUCACAGGAAUAAGAGCAUGUCAAGCCCUCUCCAGUUUUUAAACCACUCAAAUCCAGGCAGGCUUGCUACUGCCCAAAGCAAAGGGCCCCACAAGGCUAAGCCAUCGGAACUCAGGCAUCUAUCAGCUUACACAUCUCGGAAAAAUAGCCCAGGGGCUUGUUUUGAUCCACCUCUUGAAGUGGUUCCCACCAGGAACCCAAUCACGUGCAACAAAAGGGCAGCUGACCCAGUCCAUCCUGACCUUGCUGGUUUGUUGGUGAAAUACAAGAAUCUUUUAGCUGAGCUAAGAAAUCUUCGAAACAAACUUUUCAUAAAAGAAACGUCAUUGCAAGAGAUGAAGAAUGAGCUAGAAAGUUACAAAGAAAAUAAUGUACAACAGUCAUUCCAGAUAAUGUCCCUGAAAGAUGAUAUCAAGGACCUAGAAGAACUUAUUGCUUCUCUAACCAGAAUUAAAUCUUUGAAAAACACCAAUAUUCAGAGUCUUGAAAGAGGCAACUGGGAUCUAACUAGAAGAAUUAUAGAACUAGAAAACCUUCUAAGAGUACAUCUGAUUGAAAGAAAAAAAGCAGAGCGAAAAGUAGACCUUUUGGAGAAAAAGUUAGCAGGUGUUAACAGAUUCACCCCUUAUAUGAGUAUGAAAGAACAAGAAGACAGUUUCAUGACGAAGGACAAGGAUGAAGCUAUCCUGGUCAAGAACUUUGAGAGAGACAACAUUUUUCACUCUGAAGGACCAAAAGGUGGACAGAAAAUUUGGGAUAAAUGUCAACAAGAUUUGAUCCAUAAGGAAAAACAAUUACCUGAGUUAGACAGACCUCCGUAUUCAUUCAGCUGGGAAACUAAAACUGCGCCAUCCCUCUAUCAGAAAUUCCUCAGUCAGUUGUCUACUCUUCCCAGCAACAGUGUUGAACCCAUACCAGCCACAGAGGAAGGUGUGAAAGAGAGCAUUCAGGAGACUGGUGCAAAUGAGCGAUCUUGGAAGUCCAGAGCUGAAGGCCUCCAGCAGGAAGUUCAGAUGCUCACUAAGCAAUUGGAGAAGCAGUAUCAUCACUGUGAAGAAACUGCUGGAGAAUCAUCCGAUACUGAGGAAAAGUAUAAGGAACAAAAAAGACCCUUGAAACAUCUGGAAGGAAAAAUUGCUAUUAAUGACCUUUUUCCAGGGAGAUUAGACUUGGACACGAACAAAGAAAACUCCCAGACUAAGAUUUCCCAGAUGGAGCAUGGCAAAACGUUCAAGCAGCUAGAGAAAGACAACAAGCAAGAAACAUUACUGAAUAUUCAGCAGAAUUUGAAGGUUUUUACAACUCAAAGAUUACAGGAGAAAAUUCAUAAACUUCAGAAACAGCUCAGUGACUUGAAAUUGUCAAAUAAAAAUAUGAAAACUCAACUGACAAGAGUAAAUAUUCUUAAAGACAAAACAAUUGAGAAGCUCAGGCAAUCUUUAACAAAAGUUGAAGCAAUGAAAGGGAAGGCAGUUAUGGAAACAGACUUGAAAACUACAGUAGACUCUGCUGAGCAAGACGUAAGGUGGGACAAAGAGAGGGCCCAUCAAAUGUUAGAAACUGUCACUCCUGAGCUCUGCACAGCAAAGAGCACACUUGAAGAAGUACCGGGACAACAAGAAGAGCUUGUUGACUUUAGAGAAACUAUUAUGAAGAUGUUGGGAUUUAACAUGAAAACAGCAGACAAGAAAAUCAUCAAUCACCUAAGGCUUAUUAUACAAGUAUAUGAAGCAUCUGACAAAUCAAAGAUUGCUUCUGCGUGUGAGACUGGAUAGGAUAAUGAAUAAAGAAUUUCUGCCAACCAGAACUCAGCAGACAUGGACAUUUCCUCCAGCAUCUUGAAUAUGGCUACGUUAUGAA